AUGGAAAAAUAUAAAAUAAUCAAACAACUUGGUGAUGGUACAUAUGGAAGUGUUUUACUUGCUCAAGUUAAAGAUUCACCACAAGAAAAAGUUGCUAUUAAACGAAUGAAAAAGAAAUAUUAUUCAUGGCAAGAAUGUAUGGAUCUACGAGAAGUUAAAGCUUUACAAAAAAUUCGUCAUGCUAAUGUUAUUAAAUUAAAAGAAGUUAUAAGAGAAGAUAAUAAUUUAUAUAUGAUUUUUGAAUACAUGAAUGAAAAUCUUUAUGAAUUAAUGAAAAAACGAGACCGAUUAUUUCCAGAGACAAAUGUUCGUAAUGUUAUUUUUCAACUACUUCAAGGAUUAACUUAUAUGCAUAAACUUGGAUUCUUCCAUCGUGAUUUAAAACCUGAAAAUAUUUUGUGCAAAGGCGUUGAAUUAAUUAAAAUAGCUGAUUUUGGUCUUGCUCGUGAACUUCGUUCAAGACCACCUUAUACUGAUUAUGUAUCUACAAGAUGGUAUCGUGCUCCUGAGGUGCUACUUCGUUCUACUUCAUACACAUCUCCAAUUGAUAUAUGGGCAGUUGGUUGUAUCGCUGCUGAAUUAUAUACAUUAAGACCAUUAUUUCCUGGUAGUAGUGAAAUUGAUCAAAUGUUUAAAAUUUGUGCUGUUAUGGGAACGCCGAGUAGAGAUGAAUGGCCUGAAGGUUUUAUGCUAGCAGCUAAACUUUCAUUUCGUUGGCCACAAUGUGCUCGAACAGAUCUGAAAAAAAUUAUUCAUAGUUCAAAUAACGAUGGAAUUGAUCUUAUUGGAGCAACACUCAAUUGGGAACCUAAGCGACGGCCCAAUGCUACACAAUGUUUAAAACAUCCAUAUUUUAAAGUUAGCCAAGAUUCAUUGGGGUCAUCAAGCACAAAUGUUUCAGUCAUUAACGAAACAUCAUCAGCUCAAUCACGUGAUUCUAAACAAAUUUUUACAGAAGAUUGGCAAACAGAUGGAAAUAAAACUCCAGUUAGUUCAAGUGAUUUGAAUGAUUUAGAUGCAUUACUUAAAGAAUUUGAACAACCAAGUAAAUCAAAUAUAAAAGAAAAUACUAAUAAUCAACAACAAAAGUCGACUAAACAAACAAGUGGAUUUGCAUUUGAUAAUACUCAACAACAAAAACCAUCUGUACCAUCAUUACCAAAAUAUGAUUUAACGACAUCAGAUAAUCGAAAAGGAACUAUACCAGUAUUUUCAAAGUCAAAUAUUAAUUCUGAAAAUCGUCAUGCAUCAAUUUUAAAACAUCCACAUAGACCAUCUGUUGAUCAAUCAUUUGAUAUUGAUGCUAUAUUACAAGGACGAUCAAUUCAACCUUCACAACCAUCAAAAUUUUUAUCUCCAAUAGCACCAGCCAAAGAUUCAACUUCAUCACCAAGAAGAGAUAGUUUAACAGAUUGGUUAAAUGAUGAUAAUUUAACAAAAAAAAUAACUACACAAAAAACAACAACUAAUGUAAUUGGUAAACCAUCAAUGCGUCUUAAUCCAGAUGACUUUUUUUCAAAUACAAAUAAUAAUACUAUUAAUAAUCGAGAUCAAAGUGAAACCAAAGCACCAUUUUCAACAACAAAACCAUCUGCUAAGCAAUAUUAUUUGGGAAGUACAAGGUACAAACCAGGUAUUAAUCCUCGACAGACAGUACGUCGUGACAGUUUCAAUUUUCUUACGGAACUUUCGAACAAUAGUAAUUCAGCAACUCGUGGUCCAAAACUAACUUCAUAUGUACCGACAUUUGGCGACCAAAGAAAACCUUCAGUUCAACAACCUCCAGCACUUUUUGGCGAUUGGUCUCGUUUUGGUCAAUAA